AUGCUCUCGAGUGGCCACCCGUGUCUAAGAAGGCGCCUUUCUGCCGUCUUGGACACUGUCGCGGCCGGCCCCGAAGAUCCUCUCCUCUUCCUCUACCCCCGAUGGGCCGCCUCUGCCCUGCAGCAACGACGACCGAUCGCGUCCCUGACGCCCGCAGCAGCUCCAAUAAAAGGCAAUCGAGCUCCCAGCAAUCCGUUUCGUGCCACACUUCCUUCGUACACUUCCUCGCCGACAUUCCAUCCCCGGUGCACCCGAUGGAGCUCCGCCGAUGCCACGAGUCGAUCUGCCAAUAGCUCCCCUCCGAAUUUGUCUACAACUGUGAAAGAUGGGGCUGCGAGUACGUCGGGAAGCAGGGGUACUCGAGAUGCCAUUGAGUCAAGUCAUGACAUCGCGGGCUUCCCCGUGGGACUGUCACAAGAGUCCAAUGGUUUCCUCGAGACCGCGUCUGAUGCCCCCGAAUCACAUAGACGUCGUGGCAACUUAAGUCAUAGGGAGCUGCGACAAAAACGAUUAACGGGCCAGAAACAAGCGGCUGCUCAAACUCUCGAAAAAGAGCCGGGGACGGAGUUUCCGUCAAAAAAGAUCUUGAUCAGCAAGUUGUCCGUCCGGGAUAGAAGAAAGCUUCGGUAUGGAGAUUAUGUGAGGAGGACUCGUGGACAGGGCCUGUUUGGAGGCACUUUGGACGGCUGGAAUGACAUGAAGCUGUUGUUAGAGGAUGUGCAGAACGACCCUCGUACGGAGCCCAAGAGAAGCACCAGAUCCAAAGAGCUACAAAUUCCUGAGGAGACGGUAGCGCUUCUUGCUGGUAUUAUGAAUACGAGUAUGAAAGAGAAUAUCUGGUACGUGCAUGUGCGGAAUGGGUGUAAGGUGCAAAUCUUGCAUCCGAGGGAGGGUGACGGAACAAACCGCAAGGCUAUCUUGACGGGAUCGGAGCACGUCAUGGAGCUGGUCGAAGCACGCAUCAAAAGUGCCCAGACCGCCCAGGAUUCUGGGGAUCCUCUGGCUGAUAUUAGGAAGCCACCGGUCCCCAUGUUCAUGGAGAGGGAAGUUCUCUCGCGCAGAAACAUUCCAGCUCCGAUGAUUCGUGGAGUUUGGAGCUGGCAGCGCCAUGCUCUAGAGCCGCUCACACUAAGGGAUGUCCUCGGGUUACGCUCGUCAUUGACUUCCGUGAAGGAAUUUGCGGAAUAUGUUGAGGAUUUAACGAGCGCAAGCGGGCCACCUACCCUUGGCGCGCAAGCAUCCCGGAAUAUAAAAUGGGUACCGCAUGCCAAUCAGAUCUCACGCCAUCUUUUAGAUCUAUUUCGGCAUGAUGCGUAUCAUCAGAUCAUAUCUACUGCUGCGCUGAAUCGAGCUUUGGAGUUUUUGUGUGAGCACGAACAGCUCAAUGCUGCUCGGAUCGUCUUCCUCAAGUCAGAACAUGUUGCGACAGUAGACACUUAUAAUGUUCUUCUGCGGUCUGCGGCACGGCGUCACGAUACUUGGGCAUUUCGCAAGUUCUUGAACUUGAUGCCUCGAGCGAACAUUCGUCCCAACCCAGAUACAUGGCUUGCUUUGCUAUCGGCUCUGACUACGUCCAAUGCCAAGGCGUCACUCAUUACACAUAUGGUGCAGAAUGGCUUUAUGACGGAUGUCAAGGUGAUUCGAACUGCCCUCCAGUUAACGAUUCAAGACUCGCUACUUGUACACCUUGAAAGUGGACAGGAUGUUGAAUCAUUCGUCGCUCUUAUGAAUAAAACUCAUGGCGCGGGUUGGUUUAGCUCUUCGCUUCUUGGGCAAAUGGUCAGUGUAGCUGCGCGCUGCGAGAACUUUAGCGCCGUGGACGCGCUAUUGAAGAUCUGCGCCGAGCAAAACUUUGACAUCGACAGCUCUAUCCUCAAUCAGAUUUUGCCUAUGUGUCGUGCCAACAUCCUUACUGCACUUCACUACACAUAUCAAUGCGCCAAGUUUCCUUCUUUCCGAUUUGUGCCCCAGAUCUGGGAGCGCCUGUUCUUCAUUGCAUUUAAAAGCCAACACUACAACAUCUGCCGAGUGCUAUGGCGGUAUGCAUGCAUGGAUGGAUCCGUGACCAGCAACAUGAGGAAAACCGUACUCAGCUCAUUGACGCGCAACGCGUCAUUCAAAAAGAGUACUAACCAAAUGAGUGAAAUUUGGCGUCUUGACGCCGGCAAGAUCAUCGUCGGCAUGGACGUUCACUUCGAGGACUAUAGAAUCCGGAAAUCUGUCUUGGAAAAACUUCCUUCUGAAUUCCACGAUAUGCCUUUAACCUUCCUCUCAUCCGGCUACAAGCCCCAUGGCGAAGAACGCCUCAUCCAGCUUCACCUGGCUAAAUACCUCGUUGACCGUGACAUAAGAUACGGCGCUUCUACCUACGAGCCCAUCAACUCCGUUUCUAUUAUGCUCCAAGCUGCGGCUGUCAUAGACAGUGAAUGGAAGGGCGUCCCGCGUCCCUUGACGUGGAGGAUUCAAAAUGCCAUCCAUGUGCCAAUUCAACGCAACAAGAAUUGGCACCAAAAGAUAUAA